AUGGAGAGAGAAGGAGAAACAACAAUCGCCGCUGUCCAAACCGCUCCGGCGAAACCAGCGACUCCGAGAUGUUCCGUGAGCUUCUGGGAGGUCACCGCAGCUUCCGGCGUCGUUUUAGGUUUCCUGUUGGGCCUUGUUUGUGUUUAUCUCACAAUGCCUCAAUCCGAUUACAGCUUCCUCAAGCUCCCUCGUAAUCUCGAAGAUCUUCAGAUUCUUAGAGAUAAUCUGGAGAUUUACACGAGCGAUUACACAGUCCAAGUUCUUGUUGGGUAUACUCUGGUGUACGUGUUUAUGCAGACGUUUAUGAUUCCUGGGACUGUGUUCAUGUCACUGCUCGCUGGUGCUCUCUUUGGAGUGUUCAAAGGAAUGGCUCUCGUCGUCUCCACCGCAACAGCUGGUGCUUCCUCUUGCUACUUCCUCUCUAAGCUCAUCGGCAGACCUCUGAUCUUCUCGCUUUGGCCAGAGAAGCUCGUCUUCUUCCAAGAUCAGGUCGCCAAGAGGAAAGAUGGGUUGCUGAACUACAUGCUCUUCUUAAGACUGACGCCGACGUUGCCUAACACGUUCAUUAACGUUGCUUCUCCGAUCGUUGAUGUUCCUUAUCAUAUCUUCUUCCUCGCUACUUUCAUCGGUCUGAUUCCUGCUGCGUUUGUCACUGUUAGGGCUGGGAUCGCUCUUGGAGAGCUGCAAUCAUUAGGAGAUCUGUAUGAUUUCAGCUCGAUGGCGACUCUGUUUCUCAUCGGUGUGCUCUCUGUGACUCCAACCCUAAUCAGCAAGAAGAAAAAGGAGUAG